AUGCUGCUCAGAGGAUCACAAGCCUGUGCUGAGCGUGCCUCGAAGCCGCGCACGACAAACUUGGAUCGAAUUUCGAAGACCACCAAGGAAUUGUUGGAAAGAAGAAGGGCUUUGAGGCUUGAUCCGAAUGCAUUGCACAUUGAGCGGGAUCUCCGCGAAUAUAAUAUUGUGCUAGCAGCCUUGCUGAGCGAAGACGGGACUCGCACGUCUUCUCGUCGCGAGAUGGAAAUCAUUACGGAGAGGUUCUUCUCGAACCCUUUCUGUUCAUCAACUCCUGUGUCAAGCCCGAUCAUAUCCACUGGUGAAGUUCCACCACGGAUUCUCAUUUCGGAAGUACGAGUCGCUAUCAAGAGCAUGAAACCUUGCACAGCCCGCGGACCUGAUUUUAUAUCAGGAGACUUUCUUCGGGCUGGCGGCCAUCCACUUCAUUUAAUCUUAGCGGCGCAUGAGCGUGUUAUACAAAGUGUUCACCAAGAUCAUCCUCACGCGCAUAUCUAG